ACUCUCGCGAUCACGACGAACAAACGUAAUGGUUACGCACUCUCUUGCAAGUGAAACAGCGACUGUAAUUUCUCCCAAAUAAAGCUUCAAUCUUUUUACCUCCACUAAUUUCUCGCUAAUAACCCAACCAGAUUAUUCAUUUCCGUUCACAAAUUCUUCAAAUCCAAUGUGUUUUCCCAAACUUUAUUCGUGCAAUUGCAUUGGAAAACCGUGAUUUAGGUAUAUGAACUCUAGAAUUUGCCACAAUAGAUCAAAUCCCCAACAAUAGUUUACUACUGGGUUUUGCAAUUCACUAUCAAAUCUCAAAUGGGUCGCCGCUCAAUCAACUCAAACGCGGGUAACUGGCUCUCUGUGGGUAUCAUUUUACUGGGUUUAUUAGCUUGUACUUUAGUCUAUGUAGUUAUCUCAGUUGUACUUAAACCCAGCAAUUCAAUCACUGAUUUUAAUAAAUUAACAGUAGAUGAGAAUGAUGGGAGUAAUUUAGAGAGGGAAAAUGUGGGUGAGUGUUGUAAAGGGAUCCCAAAUUUGGAGCUCUGGGGUUCUGCAGUUAAGUGGGGUACAGACCAUAAGUUUAAUUCUGCGGAAGAGUGUUGUAAAUCUUGUAAGGCAAUGUGUAGUGGUAAAAAUGGGCCCUGUUUGUGCGAUACUUGGGUCUUUUGUGGUGAUCGUCAAGCUUGUGGAUCGAAAUUUGGUGAGUGUUGGUUGAAGAAGCAGAAGGACACAUUGGCUCCUCAGCGUCAAGAUGCGGGAAGCAACGUUAUGUGGACAUCUGGUCUUGUAUUUGGCAAAGGAGAGGGAAUUAUUGGUUUGGAGACAGAGCAUGGUACCCUUCACAUAAAACUUUACCCAGAUUCUGCUCCAUAUUCGGUACUGUACAUUCUUGAGUUACUGACGCUUGGCCACUGUGCUGGCUGCCAAUUUUACCGAGCAGAAGACCGAGGGGAUUCUUGGGACUUAAAGGGAAACCACAUAAACGAUGCUUCUUUCGGCCCCCCAUAUGCAUUGAUCCAAGGAACACUUGAAGCAGGAGGCACACCUUUCCGGCAGGUGCCUGCUGAAGUGUGUCGAACUAUCAAGAGAGGUGCAGUUGCAUGGGUAGGGUCUGGUCCAGAGUUUUUCAUAAGCUUAGCCAACCAUGUCGAAUGGAGAAAGGCUUAUACAGUGUUCGGGUCUGUUCUUCCGGAGGAUAUGGUUAUUUCCGAGAAAAUUGCGAAGCUGCCGACAAUGCCAGAUGUUUGGAACAAUGUUAAUGUUUCUGUCUUGAAAAAACCGGUUCCGAUUUCAAUCCAGAGAAUCAAAACUGAUAGUAAUGAAGAUCUUACACAUAGAUUAUAGUUUUUUGUAAUAAUUAUUCCUCUUAAUUUCUCAGUUAUUUCAUCCUUCCACAAAUAGUUUUACUGGUUAAAAGCCAAAUAGGUAAAGUUUUAUGUUCUUUUUUACCUUUGGGCAAACAUUGGACAGAGAUCCUCAGCUAUGAUUCCAAUUUGUUUUUGGUUGUUAUUAUUAUUGUUUGGUUGAUGUUGGUAGCAUUGUUUAA